AUGUCUGAGGCGGGAAAGCGCUUUGGCACCGAAGCGGCGCUGAAUUGGAUGCGCGUCAGGGCCAAAGCGCUGACCAAGAGAAGGCAGCAGGGAGCUGGAUUGGUGGAAGUCCUGCCCGAGCAAGAAGAACAAGUCAGUGACGACGAGAGCGGCUGCAUGGGACCAGAUGCCUCAAUCGAGGCCUCCUUCAUGGCUUUGCAAGACUUCCAGGUUGGACAAGGUGGGCCUUUGUCGGACAUGGAGCGGAAGCAGGUGUGGUGGAUCCUGCGCAGACGGCAACGAGAGAAGCAGCAGCAGGAGGAGACAGGGAAGGUGGAUGUGCCGGUCGAGGGGGCGGAAGCGAAAGAGGAGCCUGGCAGUACUUGGAUUUCCUCACAAGACCAGGAGGACUUUGAGACCAUUGAAGAAGAUGAUGAGCUGACAAUGCUGGUACACUUCUUGCAGACCAACCGGGGCUUGCAAAAGCUUCCGCCGGCUCAGAUACAAUGGCUUGCGGCUAGACUGGAGCCAGAGGUAGUACCCCAAGAAGUUUUGCACGACAGCGAAAAGGAAAAACACGACAAAGUCGUAGGAAAGGCUGCUCUUGCCUUUCUGAAGAAGGGCGACACCAAAGAGAGACUUCUGGUGCACUCGGACUCGCCUAGGUCCACAGACCACGCAACGUCGUUCUCUGCAAGGUUGUUGCAGCAGGCAAGAGAGAUGAGUGCCGUGAACAGUUCUGAGCAGAAGAGCAAAACAGCCAAGCUUCGCAUCCUCGUGCAUGGCGAUGCACAAUGGAAAGGAUCAGGCAGCCUUCGGCCUGGGGACAUCAUGGUGGACCUGCCGAGCUUCAUGCCAUCAUGGUACCGCUGGGAGCCGGAAAAUAAGGAUCCGCUGGCUUGCUCAGAGCUACUGGUGGCAAGCACUCCGAUAGACGACGAAUUUGUAGCCAGGCUUGGAUCUCCAUUUCAAUGUGCAGCUGAGCGAGCUGCAGCCUUUCAUGCUGCUUCAAAGUUGCCAGGGAUGCGCAGCAUGUCUGAUUUAGCGAUGAUUUCGCACUACCUCAGGCGAAUGCCGAUGUUUGCCUUGUCGCAGGACAGUCUUGAAGCAGUGGCAUAUGCUCUUCAAGUGCGGGUGCUACAAAAAAAUGAGGUUCUUACCUGGGAAGGCCAGACACCGGCAGAGAUUCUCAUACCCUUGUCAGUGGUGAUAACUGCCUGGCGUUCUCUUCCUGAAGGUGCCGCGCCUUCAGCGCACAAGAGAAUAAGGGCAGAUGCCAUUCUGAGUGCCAGAUCCGCCUUGGAGGCUCCACAAGUCAUGAGAACAGCUUCACGUCGGAGUCAAGGACUUCAUUCUUCUGGCCUAGAAGCACGUGCAGCACCUCAAACAUGCGUUGAUGUCAUUCUGAAGGACCACCAUGUGAGGCACAGUGAAUGGGCUCUCGCCGCUGGAUACAAAUGCAGUGUCAGCCUUGUCUCUCUCUCCAAUGGCAAGGCGUUUUGCGUGUCAAAAAAUGAAUACCAGCGCCAUGUGCAACAGCAUCGCUCGCAAAACGCGCCGUUAGAGGUAACAGCGUUUCUAGCUGGCUCCAUUCCUCAAGAGCAUUUGUCGGCCACAGAUCUUAACUGGCUUGAGGAGACGCCAUUGGCAAGAUGUGCAUGUUUGCGCGUGCUUCCGCGCGUGGUGCGGAAGCACAUUCUCGGCAGCGGCCGAUUGCAACGUCUUCCAGCACAGAACUGGCUUUGCAGAGAGGAGGAGACUUUGGAUUCCUGUUUCAUGCUGAUCCACGGCAAGCUGGAGCUAAAGUUGCCGAACCAGUCCGCGCAAGAGGAGGAGGCGACACGCAUCCUUCAGCCAGGUGCCGUGAUUGGCGACUCGGUGUUUGCGUUUGGACAGUCAGACGCCAGCUGGGCGCAUCAUUACCGAGCGGCGGGAGAGGAGUGCUUGUUAUAUGAGGUGCCAAGGCCAGCCUUCCAGGCCGCAAUCAAGCAACUGCCAAAGGCCUUCCAGGAUCCAAAGGCAGCAGAGAUGGAAGAAGCACUGCAGAUGCCUUCAAGUGCAAGGUCUUUCCAACAACUCCAGCUGUUAUCCAGUGUACUCGAGAAGCAAGAACCCUACAACACCGUGGAUGCCUUCGCCCGGAUUGAGCUCUGCCAGAACGUGAGCUUCAGGCACCUCAGCUGCGGCGAUGAUCUGGAGAUGAGUUCCCAAUGCAGUUGCCAAAUUCUUCGCGGUGAGGCUAGCAUUCGGCUGAAGGGAGAAAUGCAGGUUGAGGUGAUUAGAAUCCCAUCCGGCGCUUUCAUUGGGGAGGAGGUUGGCAUGUCGGGGGACUUCUUGCUCCAUGCGAUGGAAGACACUCGUCUCUUUUGGCUGGACAAGAGUCAGCUGCCACAGGGAAAAGGAGCGGUCGUGCAUCAUGCUGGAGAAAAAGCCCUGGACAAAGCCUCUGCGGAUCGCAAUCGGGCCAUCCAGACACUGAAGUUCAAGGCACCAGAGCAGCGCAGCCUUGAAGAUGUUGCUUUACUCGUUAAGCUGCUGCAGAACAACAAGUUCUUCAAUGAGCAAGAGGAGUCCCUCCUGAAGGAGAUUUGCCGCGGCAUGUCCUACACCGAGUUUAGCCGGCAUUCAGUCAUCAUCAAGCAAGGAGAUAUUGCUGAUGUGUGCUAUGUCCUCCUCAAAGGCACAGCUGGUGUUUGGGUCGACAGCACGAAGCCCAAGGAGGACGAUGAAAACCCGACUGAGAUUCCUGAUGGCAAUGACCUUCAGCUCCUGUCUCCAACCUCUCUGAAUUCUCCGAGAACGAUCAAAUCGCCCGCAGAAGUUCCCGAAACCCCCACAAGCGCAGUGAAGAGGUUGAAGCAGGCAGAUGGCAUGUCUCAGACGCUUCGAUUUAAUGCCAACUUGCUGGGUGGUGAUGGCUACCUUCAUUGA